AUGGUGUCCCUUCUGCUCAUAUUAGUUACCGAUCUUGAUGGGGUCCACUCCGAUGAAACUAAUUCGGGAGACAACUCUAAUGCUGGAUCCAGUGCCGGAGCGGAUGACGAUCAAGCCAGACUUAGACUAAAACGAAAACUUCAAAGGAAUAGAACUUCAUUUACAAACGACCAAAUAGAUAAUUUAGAGAAAGAAUUCGAAAGAACUCACUACCCAGACGUAUUCGCACGCGAACGGCUUGCCGCAAAAAUCGGUUUGCCAGAAGCUCGGAUACAGGUUUGGUUUUCUAAUAGGAGAGCGAAAUGGAGAAGGGAAGAAAAACUGCGAAACCAACGUCGAGGAGCGCCCGGUCCGACGGAACACCCGGCGCCGUCCGCUUCUCCGCCGCGAUUGCACAGCUUUAACAAUCCAUCCUCAAUGUAUUCGCCUAUUCCGCCUCCUGUUGCGAUGACCGAUUCAUACAGUUCUAUGUCUUCUAUGGCGACAUUCGGUCACGGGGGUUUAAGCGGUGGAAUGGGUCCAUCUCCGGCUUCCUGUCUUCAACAGAGGGAUAGUCCGGGAAUGGCUACGUCGAUGACAGGAUACUGCAUGAGUAGACCUCCUAGCUACGAUUUAGGUAUUGGUUAUGGUUCACGCCCGUCGCCUUGUAGUCCGACACAACCUUAUCAAAUGAACGGCCAUCAAUACAACACGAACGGAAGCUCGUCCACUGGUCUUAUAUCACCCGGUGUAUCGGUGCCGAUUGCAGUACCAGGCCAAGCAGAUAUGUCAGCACAGUACUGGCCACGUCUCCAGUGACCAUGGUGGAUGUAAAGACAGUUGCAAUGUUGCUUUAAUUUAAAUAUAUGUAUCACUUUAUGUAAUAUCGAAAUCUAUACUUCCAAAAAUUUUUGGGUUUAUUUAAUAAUGUGAUUAUGUACAUAAAUGACAGGGGCAAUUAGAGUAAGAUUCUCUUUAAGUUUAUUUCUAAUAUGGUUACAAGUACGCCACGAAAUUCAUAAUUGUCUAUCAACGCAAUUAACAAAACGAUAGUCACUAAAAGCGAAACUAGUAACAAAAUACACUUCUUUUUUAAAUCGUCCCUCAAUAGUCAAAAUACCCCAAUUGAGGUUUAGGCAAACAGUCCACUCGUGAUAGAAAAUUCUAUGUAUUUAAAUAAAUCAAUGUUUCCUACUCAUAGUCAGCAAUUUGAAUAAGAGAUUUGGUCAAAUCCAAAAUAGUGUAACUCUAAUUUUAUACGCGAGAGGGCGAUUUCAAAAAGACGAAAAAAUGGCAACUAAUGUAUAAAAUAGUCAGUGAACUCGAAAUUCGUAUGUUACAAGAUAUUUUUGUAAUUGUGAUCCCAAUUGUUAAAUUAUGUUUAUUUUCUGUUUUGUAGCAACAUACCAUUGUGAAUCAACCGGAAAAAUUUUGUUGAAAUAGAACAUUUGUGGAUGUGAUUUUUAUACAUAAGACUUAAUGUGAAUAUUAGUUUAGUUAGUCAUAUUUAUAAUUACAGUUAUUUCAAAGUUCAUUUUUACUGUGUGUAAAUAAAAUACGGAAAAAAAUGAAGAAACUGACUUCGAGAAGAUUAUAUUAUGAGAG